UUUCGAAAGACAAGUAGUCGUUCGUUGUUGACAAAUUCUUCAUCAAAAGGAAAAUCAUUUUUUCUUGUUUUGUUAUUUUAUUAAAGACGAAAACGCGAAUAAACAACAAUAUCCGACAAAAUGAAGGCUACGAUUAUUUUUGCCAUUCUAAUCGUCGUCCUGGCGAAUUUUCACGACGCGGAAAGUAAAAAAAUGUCUAUGGAGCAAAUAAGAAACGCAGUCAAGUCGGCGAGAAAAACUUGCGCGAAUCAAGCAGGUGCUUCGAAAGAAUUAUUGGAUAACGCAUCGCAAAAAGGCGAAUUUCCACCUGAUCCAAAACUCCAGUGUUACCUUAAAUGCAUUAUGACUUUAUCCAAAGCCAUGAGAAACGACGAAUUUCGACCUGACGUAAUGAAAACUCAAGCCGAGUUGAUGCUCACCGAAGAUUUAAGCGAACGUAUCAAAGAAACUAUCGAUAAAUGUUUUCCCUCCAUAACCAGCAGCGAUCCGUGCGAAGCCGCAUGGCAAUUUUCCAAAUGUUAUUACGAGACAGAUAGUUCGAUUUACUUUAUUCCAUGAAGAAAACAUCUUCGAUUUAUUUACGUACAAGGACAAGACGCAGCUCGAGGGAAUGGCAAGGAACACGAUUUAAAAAAACUUCUAAUGCGAUUUGUACUAAUUCUAGAACCAAACGACACUGUAGAAGAGUUUAACAAAUUAACGAAAUAAGAAAAAACUUGUAUUAUAAUUUAUGCGAAGGAUACUUUAUUCUAAAAUAUAUCUUUUAGAAAGGUAUAUCUCAAAUUUUAGUCAAAAGUAAUACAAAAUGUAUGUGAAAUGUCUAAAUAUAAUACAUAAAUAAUUAGCAAA